AUCUCCCUCCAUCAUCAUCUCUUUCAUCCUCAUCUCUGGCUAGCUAUAGCUAGCUAUCAUAGAUACUGUACCGGUAGUGCUGUAAUACCUAUCCAUUAUAAUUAUCCAGCUCUUCAUAACACUUCUUUAUCAUAAUCAAUCAUGUACGGGCUGGUGUUUGAGAUUUUGGAAGAAUUUGUAUUGGAUCAAAAUGACGGUCGGUCCUUGUGGCACACCAUCAAAUCCCAAGCCAAUUGCAAGAUUCCCGAUCAGAGUUUUCUACGACGCUCUCAUUAUGCCGACGAAGAAAUUAUGAAUUUACUACGGGCUGCCAGUACUGUUUUGGGGUUGGACAUGGACUCGCUGCUCAAGACAUUUGGUAAAUUCAUGAUUCGACAUCAUUACCUCCAUGGCUACAACGAAUUACUACGAGCCAAUGGCGCUACACUCCGCCAAUGGUUAUCCAACUUGAAUGGCCUCCACGACCACGUCUCGAAAAGUUUCGCGGGUCAUCAAGUGAAUUUCCAAGCGCCCAUUUAUUGGUGUGAAGACUGCGAUACAGUAGAAGCAUCGAUUCUAUUGCAUUACUACAGUUUUCGCGGUACCACUCUUGUUCCCAUGACGGUCGGGAUUGUCCAAGAAUUGGCAUCCUUCCAGUUUGGUGUCGACGUGACACUCACUCAAUUGGCACUGCAAGGACAGGAUGGCGCCGAAUUUACCACCUUUCGCAUUACGGCCACGGAUCCGUCGCAACGAUGGAAAUUGAGUCCAACCGUCGCCAUGGACGAUGUCAUUGAUUUUAGUCAAAUCGAAUUGCCCGAUGACAUGUGUCCUUUUUCCAAACAAAGUAAUGGCGGCUUUUCGGGAAGUUCGGGGGGUGAUACGGCUUACAGUAUGGAUGAUGACCACAAUCAUGACGACAACCACCAAAACAACAAUCCGUUGAGCAGCGAACAACUCCAAUCCAUUUUUCCCUUUCACGUCCUCGUCAAUCGACAAUUUCAAAUUGUGCAAAUGGGAAAAUCGCUGCCGACCAUUUUGAACCGCACCGAAGAAAAAUUGUUGGAGCGACACAUUGGCGAUGUCCUGACGAUUGUUCGUCCCGUCAUGGGAUCGGCAUGGGAUUGGCAAGCCCUGAAAAAAUUGCAAGAUCAACAUUUCUUUCUCGUGCCCACCACUGUCAAACCGACGCAUGCCCCCAUUAAACGCACCAAAUCGAUUGAUCAAGAUGCCAUUUUUGGAAAACCCAUUCGCGGUAGUUUUACACGUCGAAGAGCGACACUCAAAAAAACCGAUUCCAAUUUACGUCGUAAAGUCUCCAUGGCCGGUGCCACGAUCAAAUUCAAAGGCAGCAUGUUGGAAUUGGGGCGCGCUAAUACCAAUAAUAAGCGUCGUGGUGGAGGACAUGUCAUGUUUAUUCUCUCGCCGGAUGCCCGGAAUGUCUCGGAAUUACGGCAAAUGGGAUUGACCAUGGACGAUUUGCCGCUUCAUACAUCGCAACGGGAUGCCGUCUUCUUGGGAGAAUACAUUGGACAAGAAGUCGACAUGGCCAACAAUCUUGAUAAAUUGUCCAAAAAGUUAGAGGUCGAAAAGAAUUUGAGUACGGCGCUGUUGUACAAUAUGUUGCCCCGCGUCAUUGCCGAUGAAUUGCGCAGUGGGAGUGCCGUGGAACCCAAACAUCACGAACAAGUCACACUCUUUUUUAGUGAUAUUGUGGGAUUUACCACAAUUUGUUCACAAGUCGACCCAUGGGCUGUCAUUGAUCUGCUCAAUAGAUUGUACAGUAUCAUGGAUCAUUGUGCCGCACAUUUCAAACUGUACAAAGUUGAAACCAUUGGGGAUGCCUACAUGUGCUGCAGUGGAUUGCCAGAGCCAGAUGAACUUCAUGCAGAAAACAUUGCCAACUUUGCCAUUUGUGUCAUGGAAUGUGUGAGACACGUGCCGUCGCCGGUGGAUGGGUCGCCGCUACAACUCAGAGUGGGAAUUCACACUGGAUCGUGUACGGCGGGAGUUGUGGGAACUCUCACGCCGCAUUACUGUCUCUUUGGUGACAUGGUCAAUGUCACGGCUCGUCACGAGUCGACCGGGACGGCUGGAAAAAUUCAAUGCUCUAGCGAACUAUUUGCAAGCUUGACGCACUUUUCCAAGUACGAGGAAGAACAAUACGUGAUUUCACCGCGGGGACUAGUCAACAUGAAGGGCAAGGGCGAUCAAAUGACCUAUUGGCUAGAGGGAGGGACCAAAGCUAACGAGAAGGCAGGGCCGGCUGCAGUGCAAGCACUGUACGAGACUGUGGGGAAAAUGUUGAAGAAACAGAAUUGGAAACAUAGACGGUACUUUCGACGGUCCGGGGCACUUAGGGGGGACGACAUGGACAACUCCGUGCUGGGUGGAAGCAGACACUGGCCGUCCACCGAUGACACGACGGACACAACGACUGCUACGUCGGAUACGGGCUAUACGUUCUGUGGUCCCUUUACGUCUAUCGAAUCCCUCCCGGCAGCUCCUCCUUCCGAUGAGAGCGAAAGCGUUUCGGAACAGAGUAUGGAAGAUGGAAUUGAGCCAGAUAGGUCGAAAAGGACCAAUGACGACUCUGUAUUUGCAAGUACCAACGGCCUGUCUAAACACAUUUUCGAAAGCAAUAUGACAAACGAAGAACUCGUCUCCGCUGUGCAUUCACUCCUGUCGCCAUUGCUGCAGCUUUGUUUGUCAGACGACGAAGGAGCUGAACAAUCAACAAGUGACCGUGAUCGCCGAGACAAGGAGCUGAUGGCAUUUGUGGACCACAUCUCGAUGACAUUCAAACGACAAAACGCUUAUCACAACUUUCGCAGGACAGUUCACGUCGUCCAUUGGGCCAACUUUCUUUUUGAACAAAUGCAAGAGGAAGGUGCAGGUCAGACAGGAGGUAUUGACACUGAUCCUUGGUUCCGGCUCACUCUAGCCUUCGCAGCAUUGCUGAGGGAUUGUAAGCACACCGGCAUAUCACAAAGCCAGCUGAAAGAAGAGGAGAACAUGGUCUAUGAAAUGCACGGCGGCGAAAAUUGCCAAGCUCGAUACGGCUUCCGCUAUGGAUUGGACAUCUUGGCCGAAAAAUUCCCAGACCUUUACGACGACCUUGUGUUGGGAUUUCCUACCUUUCUCUACCUUAUGAAGAAACUAGAGUCGCCCGCAAAAUCAUUCAAGAAGAAAAGCACCGGCGAUGAAACAAGCAUCAAGGACACGGUGGCUGCCAUGGGAAUCGCCCUUCGAUUAGCGAGCAUGGGACACUUCGCUGUAGAACCCGACAGUUUCUUCAAAUGGAACCAGGCAGCGUUUGCAGAAUUGAGGCUCGCAAACAUGGGGCAACGUGGAAGCGACCCAACUCCCGUCUGGAACGACCAGUGUGUCCUAUUCAUUGAAAAGAACGUCUUGCCCGUGGUGAAGGCGUGUGACAGCUUGCUACCAAAUGUGACAAGCACAACUCUUCAUGACACUGUCGCUUCAAAUUUGAAGAGCUUUGAAUCCAAGGCUGAAGACUACCCACGCCGGAGUCUAGUGGACGAAAGUGAGCGAUCGACGGCCCAUGUUUCGGUCGCAAUUGAUGUCUUCCGCUAA